AUGAGACCUCUUGUGCCAAUUGAUUAUUCAACUGAAGAAUUACAGCGCAUAUCUGGUGCCAACCCAAAAGAUGUGAAGGUUGAUAUAGAUAGGGAAAGGAGCAGACGUUCUAGUGGCAAACAGAAUUUGAGAGAUCGAGAUUGGAAUGAUGAUGAGAGUAGCCAUUCAAAAGAUGAAAGUAGGGAGAAGAUGCAUGAUAGGAAUAUUGAUCGGGAAAAAGGCAGAGAAGAUAAACCAAAAACUGGAAAUAAGAAAUUAUUGGAUGCCAAGCAGUUGAUUGAUAUGAUUCCAAAAACAAAAGAAGAACUGUUUGUCUAUGAAAUUAAUUGGGAUGUUUAUGACAAGCAUCACUUGCAUGAGAGGAUGAGACCUUGGAUCUCAAAGAAGAUAACUGAGUUCCCUGGAGAAGAGGAGGCCACUUUGGUGGACUACAUUGUUUCCUGUAUUAAAGAUCACGUACAAGCAUCCACAAUGCUAGAAAUGCUUCAGUCUAUAUUAGAUGAUGAGGCAGAAAUGUUUGUCCUCAAAACGUGGAGGAUGCUGAUUUUUGAAAUUAAGAAAGUUGAAACAGGCUUAUCAAUGAAAUCAAAGUCCUAGGCUCCAUUUUUU